GUAUCGGGGGAUCUAAGGCACCAGUCUUGUAUUCCAUACCGGACAAUCCGAUAGCCUUUGUGACAUCAAAUCUCAACGAGAUGUAAUCGGUAACCAUUCGCUCUGUCAUGUCCAAGCGUCGUCCACCACUUGCAUCCCCUGGUACUAAACGUAGAAAAGUCGCUGACCAGACUCAGAUUGACUCUUUUUUCUCCCCCCAAAAAUCAACCUUGAAUCUGUCCAAGUCCCUUGCAAGUCCGUCCGUAAAGCGAGGCUCGCAAAGUUCCAUACCCAAGAGCAAUAAAGGAUCCUCGAGUCAAUCAGAAACGUCCUCUACUGCCCGAGAGGUUGUCGAUGUUGAUUCAUGGGAUUCCGGGUUCCCCGGCGUCUUAGGCCCCAUACAUGAUUCCUUACCUGUCACAAAGCCCUCAUCGGACCCGUCGUUGUUUUUCCCACCGAAUCAUAUCGGAACAACUAAAAAUUCCUCUGUACCUUACGCGUUUCUCGCAAACACACUUUCCGAAGUGGCGAGAACUCGCUCGCGCAUUUCCAUUAUCAAUUCGCUAACAAAUGCAUUUCGCAUCAUUCUUAUGCACGAUCCUAUAUCGCUACUUCCGGCUAUUUAUUUGCUCUCCAAUACUUUGUCGCCUCCAUACAUCCAAACUGAGCUAGGUUUAGGGCCAUCUACCAUCUCUCAAUCGAUCCAACACGUCUCUGGCCUACCAUCUUCCGCCCUUAGAAAGUUAUACAAUAAGACUGGCGAUCCAGGAGAUGUUGCAGUCGAGGCGAAAUCGAACAUGCGAACAUUGUUGCCCCAUCCUCCAUUGCUUGUUCCUUAUGUAUACGAGGCUCUCCUGAAAAUCUCAAAGAGUAAAGGUCAAGGAGCCUCGAAACAGAGGCAAAGCAUCGCUGAGAAGCUCUUGGUGUCGGCGAAAGGAGAGGAAACACGCUUCCUGGUCCGCACUUUAUGCCAAAAUCUUCGUGUUGGGGCAGUGAGAACGUCGAUUCUGACGGCGCUAGCAAGGGCCAUUGUACUGACGCCGCUCGACUCCCAGUUGAAGUUCGCGAUCCCAGAGCAUUCUACCUGGUAUGCCACUAAGACCUUAUUAGACGCCGCCUGUCCUGUCAUGGAAGGCAAAUCUAAUUCGGCUCGGGACGUUUUAUAUGGGAAAUUCAAAAACGCUGAGACUCUGAUUCGCCAGAUCUUCUGCCAGCAUCCCAAUUAUGAUCAUAUAAUAAAGGGACUCUUCGAAGUUAGGCUGGAUGGUCUUGCAGAGAAAGUGCCUCUGGCCGUCGGUGUUCCUUUGUAUCCCAACCUUGGUAGUCCCAUACGAUCUUUGGAUGAGAUCUACGAGCGUCUGGGCGACCUCCCUUUCACUGCAGAAUUCAAGUACGACGGGCAAAGAGCGCAGAUACAUGCUUGGAAACCUACAGAUGACGUCGUAAAGGUUAGCAUAUUUUCCCGUCAUCUGGAAGAUAUGUCAAGUAAAUAUCCUGAUGUUGUUGCUCUCGUCGAGCGCAUGUUAUUGUCAUCAAAAGCACAGAAUUUCAUCAUGGACUCAGAGAUAGUCGCCAUUGACCCUAGCGACGGAAGCCUACGCACUUUUCAAGAAUUGUCUACCCGUGCGCGUAAAGACGUAAACUUGUCUGACGUUCAAGUUCCAGUGUGCGUCUUUGGAUUCGAUUUGAUGUAUCUGGAUGGGAAGAAGCUACUAGAAACAGACUUUCGUCAUCGACGUGCACUCCUCCAAACGCGAUUCUCCCCACUGAACAUGGGAACUAAGGAACGGACUCGUUUCGAUCACGUCGAACGAUGCGAAAGUGUCGAUGGACGUCUAGCCGUUGAAGCCUUUUGGGCGAAAGCUAUUGAUAGUCGUAGCGAGGGCUUGAUGAUUAAACUGCUGGACACAGAAAUACCUGAGUAUACCCCUGAUAAGGAGACGGGCUCGAACAAGAAGCCUCUCUUUGCUACAUACAAUGCAGACAAGCGCACAUAUGCAUGGAUGAAAUUGAAGAAGGAUUAUGUUAUGGAAGGUGGGGUCUCUGAUUCGUUGGACCUCAUUCCAAUCGGUGCUUGGAAUGGUAAUGGUCGAAAAGCGAAGUUCUGGAGCCCCAUCCUCCUCGCUAUGUGGAACCCAAGUUCGGGACGUGCCACUGCGGUCUGCAAGUGCAUGUCAGGAUUCAGUGACACUUUCUACAAGGAUGUCACUGAUCGGUAUACUUUAACGGAAGAUUCAGACGUUUGUUCACAAAAGCCCCUUUGGGAUUGCGAGCUAGGCGGCUUUCGACCUGAUGUUUACUUUAAGCCACAAGAAGUAUGGGAGAUACGAGGGGCGGAUAUUACCAUCAGCCCAGUCUCUAUUGCAGCUAAAGGAUUGGUCUCUAGUACGAAAGGCCUUAGUCUCCGAUUCCCCCGCUUCAUCAAGAUCAGGGAAGACAAAGGAAUAUCACAAGCGAGUACACCCCAAUUCCUUGCUGACAUGUACACAAGUCAGCAAGGAAGGUCAGGAAGGAAAGGGGGCCAUGAUGAAGGCGACUUGGUUGACAUCGAUGUUAGUUGCUCGGGUGCUGAAGAGGAGGACGAAGGGGAAGAAGAGGAGGGGUAGUCGUUUACUCGGGAUCAUAUUUUACGAUCCAAGUCUCUGCAGAUGGAAUGACUAUAUGUAAUUGUGAGACCAGU